AUGUCUAAACUUGCUCCUGUGAUUGCCCUCUCUCAUGGUGGUGGUCCUAUGCCCAUCCUAGGUGACCUCCAACAUAAGGAUAUCGUCUACUCCCUCAAGAACCGCGUUCCCAAGAUCCUCAAGCUCGGCACCCCAGAUCAGCCCAAAGCGAUUAUCCUGAUUACAGCCCACUGGUCCACCGACAAACCCACCAUUUCUUCGGGUGCAUCUCACAAGCUCCUCUACGAUUACUACGGAUUCCCUAAAGAGACUUACGCAUACAAGUAUCCUGCACCGGGCCAUCCCGAGAUUGCAAACGAGGUUGCCGAAGCGCUAAAGCAAGAGGGUCUCACACCUGAACUCGAUGAAGAGCGUGGCUGGGAUCAUGGCGUGUUUGUUCCACUUCUUCUCGUCAACCCCAAAGCCGACAUCCCCAUAGUCCAAGUGUCUGUCUUAGAGUCUGAAGAUCCGGAACAACAUCUCCGCAUGGGAUCAGCCCUCGCCAAACUUCGAUCUCAAAACAUUGCCGUCAUCGGCUCCGGUUUCGCAAGCUUCCACAACAUUCGCGCCAUGAUGGCACUGGGUGUUUCAGGGCCUGAAGAACAGAAACAAUUCAGAGGUUUAUCUGACCAAUGGAGCCGUGCGCUUUCAGAUGCGACAAUGAAGGAGAAUAAAGACGAAAGAUGGAAGGCGCUCAAAGGUUGGAGGAAGUUCCCGCAUGCGAAUAUGAUGCAUCCGUCCAGAGGAGGAGAGCAUUUUAUGCCGUUGCUUGUAUGUGCGGGGGCGGCGAUGGAUGGGGAGGAGACUAUGAAGUAUAGUGAUGAGUAUGUUGGGGUUGAGAUUAGUACAUUUUACUGGGGAUCAGAAGAGGUUAGCAAGUUGUAA